AGUUGUGCCUUCCGGCCCCGAAGAGCCUAUUUCCCGUGCUGCACCACGACUCUCCUUUCUCUUCCGGUUCCAGCACUCGGGGAACCGCUGUCGUGGUGCAGACAUGGCCAAGUCCAAGAACCACACCACGCACAACCAGUCUCGAAAAUGGCACAGAAAUGGCAUUAAGAAACCUCGGUCACAGCGAUAUGAGUCUCUCAAAGGGGUGGACCCCAAAUUCCUAAGGAACAUGCGUUUUGCCAAGAAGCACAACAAGAAGGGCCUGAAGAAGAUGCAGGCCAACAAUGCUAAGGCCAUGAGCGCCCGUGCUGAGGCCAUCAAGGCCCUGGUGAAGCCCAAGCCAACCAGGCCCGUGAUCACAAAGAAGAACAGUCGCAAGCUCAGUCGACUUGCGUAUAUUGCUCACCCCAGGCUUGGGAAGAAAGCUCGUGCCCGCAUUGCCAAGGGUCUCAGGCUUUGCCGGCCAAAAACCAAGGUUGAAACCAAGGAUCCAACCAAGGUUAAAGCCAAGGUUCAAAUGAAGGCUAAAGCCAAGGCUCAGAUGAAGGGUAAAGCCAAGCCGCAGAGUAAGACCCAGACGGCUGCAGCUCCAGCACCAGCUCAAGCUGCCAAAGGUGCCCAGGCCCCCGCCAAGGCUCCCUAAGAGGCUCCUGUCAGUGUGAGCGUGGAAGGACUGGUGUGAUCUCUGGGCUGCCUCCAGUCGGGUCCUCCUGUGCUGUUUGUACAAAUAAACCUGAGAGCAGGA